AUGCCUGGUUUGAUCCAGAGUGGUAACUCCUCGCCCAAUGUUCGCGACAUGGUGGCGGAAGGACCUCCUUCGUCGCCUGCCGAUAAAAAGAGAAACAAAUUGGGAUAUCAUCGCACUGCAGUCGCAUGUGUCCAUUGUCGACGGCGCAAGAUCCGCUGCAUCACUGAGCUCAAUGAUCCAGCAGGUCGAUGCCAAAAUUGCAUUCGCAUGAAAAAGGACUGCGUUUUCACACCGAUUGACCCACAGAAUCCUCCGACCGCGAAAAGGCCACGCUCGGGGGUGAAAGCAGCGGACGGCCUAGUCAACGAGGCAGAGGCUUCGGUCUCUUCGUCCUCUCCAGGUGGCAUUCUUAGGAGCAGCUCCAUGGAACAAAUAAACUUUGCGAAGGAUCCUUUGGACACUCCUCCGUUGUCCAACGAAAGUCCCGGGUUCCCUGGUUUCCACCCAGGAUCCAGAUCUGUGUCUGUCCAUGGUAGGAGCAAGAUUUUGGCUGUGUCUUCAAGUGCUGAUUUCAUCCAGGCUUCGACUUCGCGCAUGGUUACGAUCCUAAUCAACACCGGCGUCAACAACAACAACAACAACAACAACAACAACAACAACAACAACAACAACAACAACAACAACAACAAAUAUUCGUUCCGUCUCCAUACUCACCACGGAACUACGACGUAA